AUGUUCCUCUCAGCCCUCUUCGUCAUCUCCCUUUCCGCUUCGUUUGGCUCAGUUCAGCCGCAAACAGUGUCUGUUUCAGUCCCUUCAGCAGCGCCUUCUGCAGCACAAACUCUUAGCCCAACUUUGUUCUCGCUGUCCAUUGAACAGGAUGCUUGGACCGACUGGGCUGGCACAUCCGCCCCAAACUCCUUCUUGAGCAAUACCCUCAACAAUCUCAAGCAGCGCACUGGGGAACCUCCGUGGUUCAGAAUUGGUGCAGACUCAGAGGAUCGAACCGACUUCAAUCCCUCUAUAAAGUUCUCUCAGACUGUGCCUGUCGCCCCCAGCGUUGCAACCCCAUACCCUGAGGCUUCGCAGGUCAUUGUUGGUGAUGGAUUUUACCAGAUCGCCGACCACCUUCCUACUGGCACCAAGGUGGUCUGGGGCGUCAACCUCUUGCAUAACAACGUCACUGCUGCGUUCCUUGAAGCGAAUUCCAUCCGGAAGGCUUUCGAUUCGCCUGCCAUGGCGGCAGCUGGGGUCACAUUGGAGUUUAUUGAGAUAGGAAAUGAGCCUGAUCUAUAUUCUGGGAAGCUCAAUUACACGUCUGCGAACUGGAAUAUAUCGGCCUAUAUCUCACAAUGGACCAAGUUGGCAACAAACUUGACCAACGCGGGUCUUGUAACCUCGGCCAGCGGGCCGAAGUACUUCGGGCCUUCGUGGGCCGGUGUUUCGAAUGCGGCGACAGGCUUCACACCCUCUGGAGUGAUCAACGGGGGCAUGCUGAACAGUGCAGCUGGAUCGUUGCUGAAAACGUAUUCGACCCAUCAUUACCAAUGUGGAGGAGGAGAACUCUUGACUGACAUCGUCAUCAAGGCAAACAUCCAGUCCAACCUCACCCAGUUGUCACCUGCAAUUUCUCUGGUGCGCUCUCAUGGCCUCGACUACGUACUUGGAGAGACAAACUCUUGCUUUAAUCACGGAGCCGUCAACACGAGUAAUGUGGGCGGUAUUGCGAUCUGGACGCUUGAUUACACUCUGUUGGCGGGCACACUAGGAGUAAGCCGGCUCUUCUUCCACGAGGGUGUGGGUUACAAGUACAAUCUGAUCCAACCGGUUGAGCUAACCCGUUCAACGAUUGACGCAUCUCCCCUAAGCACCCCGCUUCCUCCGCAUGUCCAACCAGCGUACCACGCAGCAAUCGUAACUGCUGAAGCUAUUGGAACUUCGGGAGCUACCACAGCAGUUGAGCUUGAUAUCAACGACAAGGCGGUCUCAGGUUACGCGUUUUAUGAGAAAGGGGUGCUCAAGCGCGCAGUUCUCAUUAACCACACCAUGUUCUUUGCCGGGAGCGGUAAGAAACGCGGCGUUAAGACCAUUUCGUUGUCGAUUGGUGGUCAGGUGACCCUGAAGCGGCUCUCCAUCCCGUAUGUCUCCGACACUCGUGCAUUUGUUCUACUGAAUGACAUCAUCACAGCUCUGCCGAUGCAACGACUGGACUUUUGUGGGCUGGACAGUCUUUUGAUACGGCGAGCGGGCUGCCGACCUGGUCGUCAGCCCCCCGUGCGCCUUGCCGGGGUAAUGCAGCAGUCAAGGCCAUGGUCCGCUGCGAAUAGCAUGAUAGCCGGCGCAAGCAGUGGCUUCAUUGCCAGCGUCGCUACUUGUCCUUUAGACGUUGUCAAAACGAAGUUACAGGCCCAAAGGGCCGUUGCUGGGCAUCAUGGGUAUGAAGGGAUCUUAGGCAAGCCAUCCAAUUCCGUCCCUCUUUACCUUUUCUUACUGAACUUGUACUCCUGUUUAGAAACAGUCAGGUCCAUCUGGAAACAUGACGGAAUUCGCGGAUACUACAGAGGACUGGGCCCGACGAUUCUGGGCUAUCUACCAACAUGGGCCAUUUACUUUUCAGUCUAUGACACCAUCAAGACUCAUUUUGGCGAACCUCCUCUUGGUGUAACGCCCCAGCAAGAACGCCUAUACCCAGCUGCGCAGGUCAAAGGCUACCAACCCACAAUACGCGAGCACCCCUGGUCUCUCCACAUUCUUUCCGCGAUGGGAGCUGGCGCGACAAGCACAAUAUGUACAAACCCGUUGUGGGUAAUUAAGACACGAUUCAUGACACAAUCCCGUCAGGAAGUUAGAUAUAAACACACCUUAGACGCCGCCCUGACCAUCUAUCGCACCGAAGGCGUUAGCGCAUUUUACCGCGGUCUGGUUCCCAGUCUCCUCGGCAUAUCACACGUUGUCGUACAGUUUCCGCUCUAUGAACAACUGAAGAUAUGGGCGCAGGGCGACUCCCAAGUUCCUCUCCCCACGAGCCGUAUUCUCCUCUGCUCAGCAGUGGCUAAGAUGACCGCCUCUCUUGUGACCUAUCCACACGAGGUCGUUCGGACGCGACUCCAAACCCAACGUCGACCAUUAGCAGAAUCAUCAGACGGGCUGCUGACUCAGCUGGAGCGGGGCGGUAUUGUGCACACAACCAAACGACUCAUAAGGACAGAGGGCUGGAAAAGUUUAUACAAAGGCCUGUCUGUGAACCUCAUUCGCACGGUUCCCAACAGUGCUGUCACCAUGUUAUCGUAUGAGCUGCUGAUGCGGCAGCUCUCUCCCCGCCCCCCCUAA